AGCUGUUCGAGAUACAUGCUAGUCAGAGAGCUGUUCCUUUAUCUCCAACAAAUCAUUGUUUGCGGUGAGUAAAAAGUUGAUCGCGAAAGAUACAUGCCCUGAAAGAUUUCAGUUAUAUUGACUCUGCGCGUUUACGCACUGUACGGUCGUAGCAGGCGCCUGCUCAGUUAUAUAGUAAUCAUCGGUCUUGCUCUUAUAGGAGGAGCAUCAGUAUGUGUUCGCAUAUCCUUUUGCACUCUAGAUUCUGUUGAUCUUUUUAGGCGGGUUCUUUUGGAAAUAAUUCAAAUACCGCGAUUUACAUCCAAGGAAGUGAUUGUCAUAACACAUUCACAGCAAAGACGUAUGUCAUUCCCUUCAUCGGUAUGCGUGCCUGCUCAGAAGUCACGACAGAGCCAUGCGUCAUGGAUUGGGUUGGAUUGCAGUUUUUAUCUUCGAAUUGCUUAUCUUUGUCCUUACAGUCUUCAGGACUUGCAAGACUAGGGGAUCUCCGCGGUUGAUUCCAUCCAGUAGAAAUAUCAUUGAUAUCAUAUUUCGAGAUGGUGCAAUGUAUUUCGCAGCGAUGUCAUCGAUUAAUCUACCUAACAUCCUGACAUACUACUGUGGUUCAGUGAGCACACACUGCAUCUUACAAUCGGGUUGGCUACUUCCUAACAAUUGACAAGGAUAUCACCGGAGGGAAUCUAGCCACAUUUACUGGUUGCAUGUCCGUCACUCUCGUCUCUCGACUGGUGCUUCACCUGCACAAAUCCACGGAUGACGGAAUUUUAUCC